AUGAAUCGGUACGAUGAAUUAGUACGACGCACAGAUGAAUCGGUACGACGUAAAGAUGAAUCGGUACGAAGCAAAGAUGAAUCGGUACGACGCAAAGAUGAAUUAGUACGACGCAAAGAUGAAUCGGUACGACGCAAAGAUGAAUUAGUACGACGUAAAGAUGAAUCGGUACGACGCAAAGAUGAAUCGGUACGACGUAAAGAUGAAUUAGUACGACGUAAAGAUGAAUUAGUACGACGCACAGAUGAAUCGGUAGGACGUAAAGAUGAAUCGGUACGAAGCAAAGAUGAACCGGUACGACGCAAAGAUGAAUUAGUACGACGCAAAGAUGAAUCGGUACGACGCAAAGAUGAAUUAGUACGACGUAAAGAUGAAUCGGUACGACGUAAAGAUGAAUCGGUACGACGCAAAGAUGAAUUAGUACGACGCAAAGAUGAAUCUGUACGACGUAAAGAUGAAUCGGUACAACGUAAAGAUGAAUCGGUACGAUGCAAAGAUGAAUCGGUACAACGUAAAGAUGAAUUAGUACGACGUAAAGAUGAAUCGGUACGACGUAAAGAUGAAUCAUGGAACGCUGGAUGUGGCGAAUAUCACGCACAGUUAAAAUAG